AUGAGUGACCGCCGCAUGGAAGAGAUGUCUGACACUCACAUUCACAGCAGUCCUCUCCUGCCAGAGCCUCUUUCCAGCAGACACAAACUCUAUGAGUCAGAGCUUACCAGCCCUAGCUGGCCCUCAAGCCCCCAGGAUACACAUCCGGCUCUGCCCCUCCUGGAAAUGCCUGAAGAAAAGGAUCUUCGGUCAUCCAGCGAAGAAAGCCACAUUGUGAAGAUUGAAAAACCCAAUGAAAAGCGUAGAAGAAGAGAAAGUGGGGCAGCCCCUCAGGGCUCUUUGGGCCAAGGGGGCAUCAGCCUCUUUCAAGCUGUGGGCUACCUCACAGGCGAGAUGAAGGAAUGCAGGAACUGGCUGAAAGAUAAGCCCCUGGUCUUCCAGUUCACAGACUGGGUUCUGAGGGGGACCUCUCAGGUGAUGUUCGUCAACAACCCUCUCAGCGGGCUCAUCAUCUUCAUAGGGCUCCUGAUCCAGAAUCCCUGGUGGACAAUUGCUGGGGGUCUGGGGACAUUGGUGUCAACUUUAACUGCCCUUGUCUUGAGCCAGGACAGGACCACCAUCGCCUCGGGUCUCCAUGGAUACAAUGGGAUGCUGGUGGGAAUGCUGAUAGCUGUGUUCUCCGAGAAGUUAGACUAUUACUGGUGGCUUCUGCUUCCUGUGACCUUCACAGCCAUGUCCUGCCCUGUCUUUUCUAGUGCCUUGAGUUCCAUCUUCAGCAAGUGGGACCUCCCGGUCUUCACACUGCCCUUCAACAUCGCAGUGACCCUGUACUUGGCGGCCACGGGCCACUACAACCUCUUCUUCCCCACGACGCUGGUGGAGCCCGUGUCUUCAGUGCCGAACAUCACCUGGUCAGAGAUUGAGAUGUCUUUGCUGCUACAAUCCAUCCCCAUUGGAGUCGGACAGGUGUAUGGCUGCGACAAUCCCUGGACAGGUGGCGUGUUCCUGGUGGCCCUGUUCAUCUGCUCGCCACUCAUCUGCUUGCAUGCAGCCAUUGGCUCAAUCGUGGGGAUGCUAGCAGCCCUGACGGUGGCCACGCCCUUCAAGACUAUCUACCUGGGCCUCUGGAGCUACAACUGCGUCCUCUCCUGCAUCGCCAUCGGUGGCAUGUUCUAUGCCCUUACCUGGCAGACCCACCUGCUGGCCCUCAUCUGCGCCCUGUUCUGUGCAUACAUGGGAGCAGCCCUCUCCAACAUAAUGUCAGUGGUUGGUGUGCCACCAGGCACCUGGCCCUUCUGCCUCUCGGCACUCACCUUCCUGCUCCUGACGACCAACAACCCAGCCAUCUACAAGCUCCCGCUCAGCAAAGUCACCUACCCAGAGGCCAACCGCAUCUAUUACCUGACAGUGAAAAGCAGUGAAGAAGAGAAGUCCCUCAGUGGCAGCGCUGGGGGGCCGCCGCCCACGACGAGCCCAAAGGCAGAUGAGGGCUCGGAGGCUGUGCACCCCAAGCCCAGGAAUGUGUUCCACAUCGAAUGGUCAUCCAUUCGCAGAAGGAGCAAAGUAUUUGGAAAAGGUGAACACCAGGAAAGGCGCACCAAAGACCCUUCUCCCCACCAAUACCGGAAGCCCACGGUCGAGUUGCUGGAUCUGGACACCAUGGAGGAGAGCUCCGAGAUAAAGGUAGAAACAGACAUCUCCAAGACUUCCUGGAUUCAGAGUUCCCUGGCUGCCAGUGGGAAGAGGGUCCGCAAAGCCCUCGGGUACAUCACAGGAGAGAUGAAGGAGUGCGGAGAGGGCCUUAAAGACAAAUCCCCAGUGUUCCAGUUCCUCGACUGGGUCCUCCGGGGCACAUCCCAGGUGAUGUUUGUGAACAAUCCCCUCAGUGGCAUCCUCAUCGUCCUCGGCCUCUUCGUCCAGAACCCCUGGUGGGCCAUCUCGGGCUGCCUGGGCACCGUGGUAUCCACCCUGACAGCCCUCAUCCUGAGUCAGGACAAGUCCGCCAUCGCAGCCGGACUUCAUGGCUACAACGGGGUGCUGGUGGGGCUGCUGAUGGCUGUGUUCUCGGACAAAGGCGACUAUUACUGGUGGCUUCUACUCCCCGUCAUCGUAAUGUCCGUGUCUUGCCCCAUCCUCUCCAGUGCCCUGGGCACCAUCUUCAGCAAGUGGGACCUCCCGGUCUUCACGCUGCCCUUCAACAUCGCAGUGACCCUGUACCUGGCGGCCACGGGCCACUACAACCUCUUCUUCCCCACGAAGCUGCUGCAGCCCUCCUCCUCCAUGCCCAAUAUCACCUGGUCGGAGGUCCAAGUGCCCUUGCUUUUGAGAGCCAUCCCUGUUGGAAUCGGCCAAGUGUACGGCUGCGAUAACCCCUGGACUGGAGGCAUUUUCCUCAUAGCUUUGUUCAUAUCGUCACCUCUUAUUUGCUUGCAUGCUGCGAUUGGAUCCGCCAUGGGGAUGUUAGCAGCCCUCACUCUCGCGACACCCUUUGACUCCAUCUACUUCGGGCUGUGUGGCUUCAAUAGCACACUGGCCUGCAUCGCCAUAGGAGGCAUGUUCUACGUCAUCACCUGGCAGACGCACCUCCUCGCCGUCGCCUGCGCUCUGUUUGCAGCCUACCUGGGUGCUGCCCUGGCUAACGUAUUAUCUGUGUUUGGAUUACCGCCCUGCACCUGGCCCUUCUGCCUCUCGGCACUCACCUUCCUGCUCCUGACGACCAACAACCCGGCCAUCUACAAGCUCCCGCUCAGCAAAGUCACCUACCCAGAGGCCAACCGCAUCUACUACCUGUCCCAGGAGAAAAACAGAAGAGCAUCGACCAUCACAAAGUACCAGGCCUACGAUGUCUCCUAAGUUGCCCUUUCCAAAACAUGUCACUGUAAAUUCAGCCUUCAGCAGGCUGUCCAGGUCCCCAGGCUGAAGGUCACUUAAAUUCUCCUUCUGAUGGUUCUGUGAUUCUGCCCCCAAGCAAGCCUAUACCCCAGGUAUUCCCAAGAACAGGGAAAUAAGCGUGCAGUCCCUAUUCAGGAAGUUCUAUGUUCUAAGAUGCACAAUACUUAUCAAAAACAUGGUUAAUUUAGACCUUAUACCUAUAGCUCACUCCACAAGAGCUCUCUUUGUGGGGAAUUUUCUCUCUUUUGCAAAAUAAGCCACACCCCUAAAGAGAAUUCACCAGGAAGGGGACAGAGAUGGGUGACAUUGUUAGCCAACUCAGUCAUUUGAUGCAGUGACGUAGUGUCAGGAAAUCAGUCUACAAGGCAAAAGGGCAGGUCUACCCCCAGCUCUGCCAUGAGUGAACUCCAACCACUUGGGUAGGUCCAUCCCCCCCUCAGCCUCAAUUUCUUAUUGGUUUCAUGACGAGGAGGGGCCCUACAGUCCCUUCCACCUCAGAAGUAUUGAUUCUUCUCUUUCCUAUAAACUGACAAAAUCAGUAUGACCAAUAAAUAAUUACUUUAAGUAAAAGAUGAAAGGGCUAUCUGGAGAAGAGGCAGGACAAUUUUAAUGUUGUGUGGAGAUUUAUUCUUGAGUCAUGAGAUGUUCUCCAGACUUGGGAUUAGGAACCUAAGUUCACUGGAAAUUCCAACAUGCCUUCCUUUACGUAACAAUUAUUACUAGAAAUGUCAUCAGAUGAAAAUUGAUCUUUUUCAACAUUUAAAUCAUAUUUUAAACAAAUGUGUUUCCUUUUAUAAUAUUCAUAAGCAUACUCUCAUUAAAUGUUUAAGGUUGCAA